AUGACAUUCAAUUCUCCAUUUGCUUCCUCUGUUGCAAGUCCUGGGAAGGGCGAAGUUGUGCUGGCGGUAUUGCCUCCGUCUAUUCCGACCCUCGCUAAGUUGACCUACAAGUAUCCUCUCAAGCUGUUAUCUCGUGCCCCGGGUUUCAUUCCUGAGCACUCGGUUCUUUCCGAAGGAGUCACGAAGCCGAUACAUCUAUAUCUUCUGACUUACGGCGGGGGCCUUCUUCCCGGAGACCACAUCGAUGUAUCAAUUACACUAGACCCACGGGCUCGACUGGUAGUCACUACUCCUCAGGGGAGCACCAAGAUUUUCAAGACGGUGCCCAACGCAAAUACGGCCAUCAAAACAGCACCAGAACGUCCAGGCCUGGACGAUAGGAGUCGACAGACUCUAAAUGUCUCAAUUGGAAGUCAAUCUGGGCUCUGUUACCUCCCUGACCCCUCGGCUCCAUUCAAGGAUAGCCGCUAUGAGCAGAUCCAAGUCUUUACUGUGGAUGAGUGCCAGAAACAGAACCGAAGCAGCCUCUGUGUCUUAGACUGGGUCACCCAGGGGCGAACCUCUCGUGGCGAGAAUUGGGAUUUCAACCUAUGGAAAGGCCGCAAUGAAGUGUGGUCUGAAGACAAAACUACCGGCAAACGACGUCUUCUUUUACGCGAUGCUGUUAUCCUGGAUGACGAAGCAGAUGCUUCAUUGAGACCACAUGAAAAUGACAGCAGUUCGGGUGAGCUGAUCCGCGAGAGAACGUAUCCGCAUGGGAUUAUAGGUACGCUUAUCUUGUACGGACCAAUAUUCGACCAGCUGGGCUCUUUCUUCAUGACAUCCUUUGGAUCGCAGCCACGCAUUGGCGGCCGCAACUGGUCGGCUACAAAGACUGCAGCGGAGCCUUCGAAACAGAGUCAAGUCACAUGGACAGCCGCCCGUAUUCGUGCUGAUUUUGUCCUUGUCAAGUUUGGGGCAAAAGACUUUGAAGCCGCUCGAGACUGGCUCGGGACAAUAAUUCGUGAAGAGGGUAGCAUCGAAAGGGAAUUCGGCGAAGAGGCAUUGCUAUGCCUCUAA